AUGCUUUCACAUCGUGGCUCAAAGGCGGCUGCCAUUGAGGAGUUGCCAUGGAGAUUCGCACCUGGCAAAGGAGACGACCAGUAUGAUCCAAUACACAACCCGGGCGGUGUCAUUGGUUUUGGUACAGCGGAAAAUUGUUUGAUCCAUAAGGAGCUCUUUGAAUACCUGCAGUCGAAGACUGCUUUCACAGAAGACAUUCUUACGUAUCGAUACUCGACAAAUGGCGGCGAAAGGUUUCAACAAGCGAUUGCUUCACACUUGAACCGCCACCUCUCACCCGUUCAUCCUGUCGGUGCUUCACAGCUCAUCACCGCAAGUUCACUCACGGCGAUUCAUGAAAUGCUCGGCUUCUGUCUCGGAGACCCAGGCGAUGGAAUUCUGGUGAUUCCGCCUAUCUACGGCCGCUUCGAGCUGGACUUUGGCAAUACCGAUGGCCUCAGAAUCGUGUACACCGACAUGGAUGAAGUUGAUCCAUUCGAAGGUGCAGACGAUAUUGUGGUCCGACUCAAGGCCUCCUUGGUUAAAGCUGCCGCAUCUGGAACCGUGAUCAGAGCACUUAUGAUUGUCAACCCAAACAAUCCACUGGGUCGGUGUUAUCCGAAACACACCAUUAGAUCGCUCCUCCGAUUCUGUCAAGAUCACGGUCUGCAUUAUAUCAGCGAUGAAGUAUAUGCACUGUCCGUCUAUGAAGGGGAGGAGGAUGAAGAUGUCGUGGAUUUUCAUUCCGUCCUCUCAAUCGAUACUACGGGUCUCAUCGACGCCAGUCGGGUUCACGUGCUGUACGGUCUAAGUAAAGACUUUGGAGCAGCUGGUCUUCGAAUAGGUUGUCUCUUUUCCCGGAAUUCCCUGCUCCACAAGUCGAUGAUGAGUAUGAAUCGCUUCCACCCCCCUUCUGGCCCGGCUCUUGCCAUGGCGAGCACAAUUCUUGAAGACGGGGCAUUCGUCGACAAGCUGAUGGCCCUCUCGCGCCGUCGUCUGUCGCUCACACGUAAGUUGGUGAUCUCGCGGUUGCGAGCUGCCGGUAUUGACUGGCAUCGUGGCGGUAACGCCGGAUUCUUUGUCUAUGUUGAUUUGUCUCCCUGGCUGCCACAUCAUGCGGAGAACCCAGAGUUCAAACUUGCAGAGAAGCUGCUUCGACACGGCGUUGGGUUGCACCCUUGCGAAGAGCAUUACGGGAAGCCUGGGUGGUUUCGAAUUGUGUUCAGCGCCGUAAAGCAGAACACCCUAGAGGAAGGAUUACGCCGGCUGGUCACUGCACUUGGGCCUAAACCCGCUCUACCACGACUCGCCAGAGUCAACGGCGAGAAUGGUCAUUGGUGA